AUGCCAUAUAUCGGAGCAUCUAAUUCUUCUCAUAAUUCAUUUUUGAGUUUGAAAGAAAAACAUGCUAUUAAAAAAGUUGCACCUUCAACUACUGCAUCAAUAAAUAGUUCACAAAUUACAUUACCUGAAAAUAAAAUAGAAGAAGAAGCAACAACAACAACAACAACAGAAAACCAUCAAGAUGAUGACAAAAGUAACACAGAUGAAGAAACAGAACAACAAGAUAAUAAUAAUACGUCAAACCCAGAAACUCAAGAUGAAAGUAUUUCUUCUGAAAUAUCUACAGUUGAUGUAACACCUGUUUCGUCAACAACGAAAUUACCAAAUACAGAGAAGCCAAUAUUUAAUAAUAUUAAUAGAACAAAAUCUAUUGAUUCUACUGUAUCUACCUUAACAGAUGUCGAUUUACAAGAAUUAUACAAUUUACCUAAUGAAUCUACUCAUUCAUAUUCAUAUAAUCCAUUAUCGCCAAACUCCUUGGCUGUUAGAUUGUCUAUUCUUAAAAGAUCCUUGGAGAUUAUAAUUAGUAAUCCAGACAUGUUGGAGGAUGGAACAUUAGUGAAUAAGGAUGGAAAAGAUAUAGAGUCUCAUGUAAAUGUAUUAGAUGGAUCUCAAACAUUAGAUGUUCCAAAGAUAAGGGACCAUAAUACUACUUCACCAGAUGAUAAUAUUAGUAAUGAUAAUAAUAAUGAUGAAUUUAAUGAAGAUGAUGCAGUUAGACCUUUAAGAAGUAUGUCAUUAUCUGUAGCUGAUAACAUUCCAAUAUAUAACUCUUCACAGAAGUGGACAUCUCCGACAGCUGCAUUAAAUGCAUUUGUAUCUAAUUAUCAAAAUAAUUCAUUUUCAAGGAAAAAUACUGAUCCAACAAUUAAAACUUCAUAUACCAUGAAUAAUAUCAAUAGAAGAUCAUUGGGUGAUAACGGACAAACACUUUGUAAUGAAGGUCUGAAUCAUAAUAAAAGCAUCGAUCUUAAUUUACCACUUGCACAUAGAGCAAAUUCAUUAGCAUUUCUACCAAAAAUUAUGAGCUCAUACAAUAUGAGAAAUAAGGUUAGCGGUUAUAACGAUCCAGGUUUUCGUAGGGGGUUUACAUCAAGAAUAUCCUUUAGACAACCAUUUAGAGACACUAGCACUGAAGUAAUUAAUCAAACGAAUGAAUUAUCAACAUUAACUGAACAGAGUCAUAAUGGUAGUGAUAAAAAUUUAUUAAAUCAAGACGGCACUGGUAAUUCGCAAUAUAUUAGUGAACAAAGAGAAAAUUUGAUUAAUUUACUUGACUUAUUGAAUGAAACACUUGAAAAAAACACUUCUUUGAGGGCAACUGAUUUGCAUGCAUUGUCAUUAUUUAAUAUUAAGAAGCCUGUUCCAGACAGAGGUCCAUUGGAUAAUGACAGUUCCGAAGACGAUGACUUCUUUCAUACCGAUGAUGAUAAUGAAACAGAAAACUCCCUGAGAUUGAAAAGAACAUUACUUGAUAGUUUGGCUCAACCAUUCUAUGAACGUAAUAUAACAUAUGCUGAUGGGAAUGAAACUCUUCGGAAUGAGUUAGAGGGUUUUGAAGACCCACAACAAUAUAUAGAUACCUCAAAAAGUACCUCAGAAGAUUACAGAAGAAUUUUAAGAACGUUCGCUUCCACAAAAAAUUCAGCUCCUCAAGCAAUUUUCACAUGUUCGCAACAAUAUCCUUGGCAAUUUAAAGCAGCAAACGACUUGGCCUGUCUAAUUUUUGGUAUUUCUCAACAUGUAUUGAAGACUUUAACUUUACUAGAUUUAAUUCAUUCAGAUUCUCGAAAUUUUGUAUUGCAUAAGAUUCUUUCAACAGAAGAUCAAGAAUUAGCUUUUACAGGUGAAAUUAUUGGUAUUGUUCAACCAGGAAACGAUUCUUCAUCAGGGACUAAAAAUGACUUAGUUUGGGCCUCUAUUUGGGCCAAGAGAAAAAACGGACUGUUAGUCUGUGUCUUUGAAAAGGUACCUUGUGAUUAUGUCGAUGUUGCUUUAGAUUUGGAUAACUAUGAAGUUACAAGCAUUUUAAAGAAAAACAACAAUAAUAUAUUGGAAGAGUGUUUAAAUUUUGGAGGUCGUUCUGCUCCUAAAUUUUUACUUGGUGCCAGUGCUGAUGAUAAAACUGAUGGAGAUUCUGAUGAUGAUAUAAGUACUGAUACAUCAACACAAGAUUUAACGAAACACGUCAGAAGACCAACGAGUCUCUUGUCAUCUGUUGGUGACACGGAGAAGAUCAACAAAAAAGAAGUUAAAUUUGCUAACGAAUUACAAUAUGUCAGCACUCUAAGCCAGUCCCUAGCUGACUUGGUUGAUGGUAUCUGUAAUGGGGAAAUAAAAGGUAAGGAUGAUGAAUUAUUACCCAUGCCUGUAAGGGUAUCAAACCAUAUUAAUGUCAUGAGAUAUUUCACAUUGAACCAUUUAUCAUCUAAUAUCCCAUGUGCUGUCUCAGCCACUUUAUUACAAAAUUCGAUUAAGUUAAAGGUUCAUAGUUUACCAUAUAUUGCAGGUCUUUUUGUUAUUGAUUCGCAAUCGUUGCAAUUGGUAAGUUUCAAUAGAUCUGUUUCAAAGAAUAUGUUUGGUUUACAUUAUGCCGAGUUGGUAAGUAAACCAAUGACAACUAUUAUUCCAGAAUUUAACGAUAUGAUCGACUAUAUUUCUUGUAAUUAUCCAGAAUUAGAUAUAUCACUAAGUUCGAAUAGAGGGUUGGUUCUAACAGAACAUUUCUUUAGAAAAGUUCAUGCAGACAUGAAUAGUGAUCCAGAAUAUUUUUACGCCUCAAUCGGUAUUGAUGGUCGCCAUAGGGAUGGUUCGUUGAUUAAGGUUGAUAUUCAGUUACGUGUUAUAUCUUCCAGUGUAUCAUUAGUUUGGAUUACCCAUUCGAGAGAUGUCAAGAUUGAAGAUUAUCAAACUAACGCUAACCAAUUAAGUAUGUUAAAGGAAAGCGAUUUAACCUAUAUUAGUAACAACUCUAGUACUGCCUCUUUAUCAAGAAAUCUGACACCAAAAAAUUCUAACCACUCCAUCAAAUCUUCACAAUUUAAAGAGUCUCUUCACACUGAGAAUUCAUCAAGAAGUUAUACAGCUUCCCCAGUUUCUAGAGACCGCAAAGAAAAUUUCUCAAUAUCGACCUCGUCCACUAUCACAUCGCAAGAUUCGAAGGAAUCUAAAGAUGUUAAAGACAUUAUAGAAACUAAGGAAAGAGCAGGUAGCGUAGAGGAAAUAAAUGACCCUGAGAUGAAACGAAAAUUGGAUUUGGCUAGGAUGUAUACAAAGGAUAAAACUCAGUUUGUCAAAGAGGGAAAUUUCAAAGUGGAUCAAAGCUUAAUUAUUAGUAAGAUUGGUACCCUUGUUACUAUCAGUGAUACUCGUGAAGGUUUAGAAAAUAAUGAAUCAUUCGCAACAGAAAAUGAAAAUACUGAGAACGAUUCAGAUUCGGAAGAACCUCCAACUACAUUCUUAAGAGUACCUAGUACCCAUAUUGGUUCUCAUAAACAUACCAAAAAAUUCUCUGAUUUUUUUAUAUUGCAGAAAAUGGGUGAAGGUGCUUAUGGUAAAGUUAACCUUUGUCUUCAUAAGAAAAAGAAAUACAUUGUUGUUAUUAAAAUGAUUUUUAAAGAAAGAAUUUUAGUCGACACCUGGGUUAGAGAUAGAUCAUUAGGAACCAUUCCAUCAGAGAUUCAAAUUAUGGCUACUUUGAAUAAAAAACCACAAGAAAACAUUUUGAGAUUAUUAGAUUUUUUUGAAGAUGAUGACUAUUACUAUAUUGAAACACCAGUCCAUGGUGAAACUGGCUGUAUUGAUUUAUUCGAUUUGAUUGAAUUUAAAACUAAUAUGACUGAAUUGGAGGCUAAGUUGAUUUUCAAACAAGUUGUGUCAGGUAUAAGACAUCUUCACAAACAGGGUAUUGUACAUAGAGAUAUUAAAGAUGAAAAUGUGAUCGUUGAUUCCAAGGGUUUUGUGAAAUUAAUCGAUUUUGGUUCUGCUACAUAUGUUAAGAGUGGACCAUUUGAUGUCUUUGUUGGUACAAUUGAUUAUGCUGCUCCUGAAGUACUAAGUGGUGAUCCUUACGAAGGUAAACCUCAAGAUAUUUGGGCUAUUGGUAUUCUUUUAUAUACCAUUAUCUUCAAGGAAAAUCCUUUCUAUAAUAUUGAUGAAAUAUUGGAAGGUGAUUUGAAAGUUAUUCAAAAUGAGGAUAUAAGUCAAGAAUGUGUGAACUUGAUUAAGAAGAUCUUAAACAGAAAUGUUCAUAAGAGACCUGUUAUUGAAGAAAUAUAUGAAGAUCCAUGGUUGGUCAUUUAA